AUGGCCGAACUACGUCUCCAGAUCCGACGGUCCGAGGGAAACACGCAGGAAUGUGAGAUCUACCGAGCGCUGGGGCAGUUUCCCAGACUGCGCGCUCUCAUCUUGGAUCUCCAUUUUGACCCACGCGAGCGAGGGCCCGACCCGGACACCGUGCGUAGGAUGUCCCCCGAUCAAUUUGGCGGCGAUGACGAGGACGAAGAGGAGGGCCAAGCAGUUGACCCUGUCCUCUUGCGAACAACACUAAUCAACGCGGCCACGGACGAAAUCCUAGCGCUGGGGAUCUGGGAUCUCAUCGCCACGUCGCAGCCCUCUGGGUGUCUGCAGAACCUGCGCAUCGUACCGUUCGGGCUGGAAAUGUGCUCGCCUGAUGAAAGUUACUUCCUUAUUUUCCUGGCCCGGUCGUUUCUCGUGUCGCGGCUCGGGUCGACGACCCUGUCAUCGAGGAGAUUGGGCGGAUGCCCGGGAUGGUCUGGCAAGAGGAUACGUAUGGCCCCGGUGGGCUGUGCGUGUUACCGCGGGGGUGCUGAGGAGGUCGUUGCUGCGCUCUGGCCUGCUCUGGCUGGGCGGGAUGAUUGGUCUAGCGGGUGGGCGAGUUUUCCUUUGGAAUCUGGGGGGCAUUGA